UUUUGAAAGAAAUAGGAGAGAGUCCAACUCAGACCCGAGCACGUGCCAGAUACCAAAGCAACGGUCCAGAUCAUGGAGCACUCACCAAUCAAAGGCUCCAAACGCGUCCGUACAAACCUACACUUAUCGACUAACAACGGUUCACAAAACGCCACGUGGACAAGAUAAAGCGUUAUUAACCCUUCGGAUCCAACGGACCCUGCUCAUUACCUCCCAAACCGUCCUUUCCGUUCCGUUUCACCUAUCCCCUCCACGCCGGAAUCACCGUCACUCGCCGCCGGCGACCAUAUCCAAUCCAAACCUUGCGACGACAUCGAAUUCUAGUUCUGCAGAAAAUUGCACGAUUCAGUGAUUUCAGAUUACGAGGAGUUUUUUCGACGGCGUUUUAAUUUCCCGCGGAAUCUCCGAGUCAAACCGAUUCCUGUCGAGUUCGUGACUCGUCCGCGUUGGACUCGGAUUCUCAACAAUUCCCAAUAGAAUCCGAACAUCCGACGGAAAUCGCACCGAGCACUGAAUUGCAGAUUCUGAGGAGUUUCUGCUGCAAACAGUGCUUCAAUUUCACGCGGAACCGAGUCAAACCUAUUCGAGUUGAGUUCGUGACUCGUCCAUGGCGGACUCUGAUUUGAAUUUUACAGUUAAGUGAUAUUUUUUAGCACUGACUUUCAGAUUCAGAGGAAUUUGUCGUUUCUCUCUGCAAAACAGCGCUUCAGUUUCACGCGGAACCGAGCCAUUGGAAGGUCGUCAAUGGCGGACUCGGACAACGAUUCCGGCGGGGCGCAGAACGCCGGCGGAGCGAAUGCUCAUAGCAGAGAGAUGUCGCUGCGGGAACAGGACCGAUUCUUGCCGAUAGCGAACGUGAGCAGGAUCAUGAAGAAGGCCCUGCCGGCGAACGCAAAGAUCUCGAAGGACGCGAAGGAGACGGUGCAGGAGUGCGUGUCGGAGUUCAUCAGCUUCGUCACCGGCGAGGCCUCCGACAAGUGCCAGCGGGAGAAGCGCAAGACCAUCAACGGCGACGACCUUCUGUGGGCGAUGACCACGCUCGGCUUCGAGGACUACGUCGAUCCCCUCAAGGUCUACCUCCAGCGCUUCAGAGAGAUGGAAGGGGAGAAGACCAUGGUGGCGCGUGACAAGGACGCGCCUCUUGCUCCUGAUGCUAACAACAGUCUUUUCGAGAGUGGUAGUUAUGGUAGUGCUGGUGGUGGGUUCAUGAUGCAUCAGGGACACGUGUACGGUUCUGGUGGGUUCCAUCAAGUGGACAUGACUGGUGGUAGUGGCGAUGCUUUUAUGGUUAAGGAUGGGCCUGGUUAUCAUGGGCCUGGAUCUAAUGCAGGUAGGCCCAGAUAGGUGUAUGGUGUGACCGAGUUUUAUUUAUUAUUCAUAAUCAUAAAAAAUGCAAGAUUUGUAGUAGUGAGUAGUGAGUAGUGACUAGUUUGGGGAUUUGUAAUUUAUUCUGAUAUCAUUAGCGAUUGACUGGCAUUCAGAAAAGUAAGAUUCACUCCUAAGCCCAACAAUCUGUAACUUUUGACUGUUGUAUCAUAGAAAUUGUGUUUCUUUGUAUUGUACAACUUUACUAUUUGAGCCACAAACGGUCUUUUUUUUUUUAAUUUUU